CGGUGUCCAGUAUUUAGUUAUAAUUGAUUUCUAAUUUGUCCACGAUUUCUUUGAUAGUUAAAUUUGAGACGGUUGGGCAGAAUGUAUAGAAAGACAAAGCGAUCUAUUAUAUUUCAUCCUUUGACUUCAUUCCUGUAGUAUGUGCUUGUAUUUUUUGUAGUGUUUGGCGGUGUGUGGAUUAUAAAAAAAAUGUGAAUUUACAAUUUUAUCUUGUGUAAACCCAUCUUGGGUUAAUUUGAAUAAUAAGAAAAAUAAAUGUAAAACAUUAUAUCUGCAUAUUACAAUGGCAGAAUUAAAAGGUACUGAGGUGAUUGAGCUAGACUCAGACGAAGGAGAGAUACAAAUAAGAAAUGAAAAUCUGAAAAGGAAAGACAUUGCACCGUGUCAUGGAAAUUGUAUUAACUUUGUUUGUACUUCUGGUUUAAAUAUGAAAAUCGCACCUAGCUUUGCUUGUGCUUAUUAUGGAGUUAAUAGAUGUAAGAAAAAAAAACGCUUAAUAUGUGAAAAAUGUUUUGAAGAUUCUAUUACUCAUCAGCAGCAACUUGUGUCAGCAUUGAUAGCUAAAAAGCCAUUGUUACAGUGUGAUUUUCCUGAUCAUACUAUGGAAGUUGAAAUCUCUGAUAGUGAUGAUUCUGAUGAUGAAAGAAGUAAAGUAAUGGAACAAGAAGAUAAUUAUUUACCUGAGAAUGUAUUAUCUGACAUAAAAGAAAAAAUCGAUGAUGCUUUAUUAUCUAUCUUUAAUAAGUAUGACAUUCAACAUCAAAUAGAAGAAUCUCAUAAAAUAUUAAAAGAACGAUGGGAAAAAAUUGAUGCAAACACUGUGGAAUUAAACAAAGACAUUCAAAAGAUGAUGAGUGAUGCCGAUUCUUUGCGUGAUAGAUUCUAUGAGGAUUUUAAACCACAAAUUCAAUGGCUCAAGGAACUGCACAUUGAUGAUAAACCGCUAGAGAACCAUCUCUAUCCACUAGUUGCUACCAAGAAGGUCACUCAAGUACGAGUGUCUCCGAAUGCAGCACAAUCCGAUACACAACCAGAAAUUAUGCCAUUGGAGCGUGUUGACAACAAACUAGAACCAGCAGACAUUCCACCUCUUGGUCCUCUUAUAAAACCGAUACCAGACGUAGACAGCAUCGUUUAUGUUAUGAAAAAUCCUCUCAUGCCGUGGGUCAAAGGAAAGGUACAAAGUGUUAUAUCCAAAACACCAGUACACUGCCGAGUGAAAUUACUUUCAAAGAGAUACAACUCCAUGGUCAAGUCUGUAUAUGGCAAACAAUUAGCAGUAGAUGUUCUAUGCCCAGUUGUUGUACCAGUUGGAACUCGUGUAGUCGCAAUUUUUCAUGACAUUACUGGAAGUGACUAUCAUAGUGGGGUUAUUGCCGAACCACCAAAGUCUAUAAACAAAUAUAGGUACUUAAUAUUUUUUGAUGACGGAUAUGCACAGUACGUUACACACAAAAAUAUUUUUAUCGUGGCAGAAGCCUCACCACGAGUUUGGGAAGAUAUCCCUACAGAUUCUCGUGAAUUUAUUAAAAAGUAUAUGGAAUCUUAUCCCGAGAGGCCAAUGGUCAAGUUACAGACUGGUCAAAUAGUGAAAACAGAAUGGAAUGGAAAGUGGUGGGUCGCACGAGUGAAUCAACUCGAUGCAAGUUUAGUUCAAAUGCAUUUCGAUGCCGAUGGAAGGACCGAAUGGAUAUAUAGAGGAUCGGCUAGACUAGGUCCUCUUUUCAUGGAGUUACUAAAAGCUAAUGCUAGACAACAUGGUUAUCAUGCCAUCAACACUCCUAGCCGUCAUUGUCUUCCAGCCACAACUAAUAAAAAUAAUUUACCAUAUGUUGAAUAUACUUCCUUUAAUCCUGAAUUGGAUGACGAAUUAGCGCCAGUCUCAAAAUCUGAUGUGCUUCUGAAAACUUUGUUGAAUACAAGUGCAACAACGACGACUCGCAGUGUGUCCAUUACUUCUGUACCUCAACAAUCUCGUGCAGUUGCAAAAAAAAGUACAACCAAACGACCACCUAUCAGUAAUACAACAAUCCAGAACUCUGCAGAAAUUAAGCCGUCGCAUAGUAUUGUUUAUUAUCAACCGGAAAACAAAAUCAAAACGAAAAAGUACAUUCCACAUAAAUGUGGGCACGAAUGUGUCGCAGGAAUAUCGUUUACACCGGAUGAUCUUCGAGGAUAUUCUCCCCUUUCAAUUCCACUUCUCUGUGGAUGGAAUCGGCAGAUUUCCAAGUUUCAUAAGGGCAGAAAAGUGAUCCUCUAUCAAGCACCAUGUGGUGUGAGACUUCGUAACAUGGAAGAAGUACAUCAAUAUUUACGUAUUACUGGAAGUCCUAUGUCAGUGGAUCUGUUUGAUUUUGAUCAUUGGGUUAAUUGUUUAGCUGAAUUUUCUUUGGACAAAUGCUUUGUGAAGAUAAAUGAUCUGAGCUAUGGAGUUGAAAAUGUGCCAAUACCCUGUGUCAAUGAACUUGACCACGCGCUACCAGAUACAAUCAGAUAUAGUACACGAAGAGAACCAACAGAAGGUGUCAACCUCAAUGUAGAUCCUGAAUUUUUAUGUUGCUGUGAUUGUGAAGAUGACUGUCAGGACAAAUCAAAAUGUCAGUGUUGGCAACUGACAAUACAAGGUGCGACUUUAGGCGGACGAGUGCUCAAUACUGCUGUUGGAUAUGUAUACAAGAGAUUACCUGAACCGGUAAUUACAGGAAUCUACGAAUGUAAUAGCCGAUGUAAAUGUAAUAUUAAGACUUGCCUCAAUAGAGUGGUGCAGCAUCCUCUUACUUUAAAAUUACAAGUUUUUAAAACAGCACCCAGAGGAUGGGGAAUAAGGUGCCUCAAUGACAUUCCGCUUGGAUCAUUUAUUUGUAUUUAUGCUGGAAGAUUACUUACUGAACAAAGCGCUAACGAAGGAGGAAAAAAUUAUGGCGAUGAAUACCUUGCGGAAUUGGAUUAUAUAGAAGGAGUAGAAGGUAUUAAAGAAGGUUAUGAAAGCGACGUUCUGGAACCAGAAGAAGUGGAAACAAACACUACGGACGAUGAGAAAAAAUCAAAAACUGCAGAAGCCAAACGUGGUUCAUAUGAAUCAGACGAAGAUUUUAAUGUUGAUAUACCCGUGAACGUUAACGAAGCAGAAACUGCGUCUAUCAGAAAACGCUUGAGAAAACGUAAAACAGGCGAUGACAUUAGUGAAAAUGCGUCAGAGGAUCCUAACGAAGAUACAAAUAAAGCAGCAAAAGGCUCGGAUGUAUCUCAAGUAAAAUUAUCUACUAAGGAAAGCAAUCCAACGGAUGAUGAUAUUUAUACUAUAAGUGAUGAGGAAGACAGCGAAGAUCGUAGACGGGAACCAAGUAGAUUUGAUCCGGCUGUCGAACCAGCCCAAUUAGAAAGGUCAAAAUUUAAAUCGGUUAGGGAUUUCUUUGGGGUGGACGAAGCAGUAUAUAUUAUGGACGCUAAGACUACUGGAAACAUUGGACGAUACUUGAAUCACUCGUGCGAUCCGAACGUAUUUGUUCAGAAUGUAUUCGUGGAUACUCAUGACGUUCGUUUUCCUUGGGUCGCUUUUUUCGCUCAAAACUAUAUCAGAGCUGGUCAAGAAUUAACAUGGAAUUACAGCUAUGACGUCGGUAGUAUACCGGGAAAAAGUAUUAUUUGUAAAUGUGGUGCAUCUAAUUGCAGAGGUCGACUUUUAUAAAUUAAUACAAUGAUUUUAUGAUUUAAAAUAUCAAUGAAUUUGUAUACAUAAAAAUUCAUAAAGAACAAUUCAAUAAUAGUAGGAUUUAAUACUAGCUGAAGUUGACGAAUUACAUAAAUAAUGUGUCACGAUCGAAUAUAUGAAAUGUAUAAUAAAUAUCUCGAUAUUAUUUUUGGUAA